GGUGCGGAAAAAAAACGCCGAGAAGUAGUUAAGAAGCGAGCCAGUAACUUUGGAAAGAGGUUUGAUUUGAGCUUUAAAGGUUGCAGGAAGGAGAGAAGAGGAAAAAGAAGAAGAAAAAGAAGUCAGUGCGAGUGUUUGAAGGUGAGGACGUGUGAAGCCGCACAGCGGAUCAUGGUACAGCAAAGUGAGCACAGCGAGACGGAGAGCGGCGCGUCCCGCGAGGCCACAGACACGGAGGAAACCGAGAUGAGCGUCUGCAGCCCCGUGCCGCCAAAACCCGACUGGUGCCGGACGGCCACCGGACACAUCAAACGGCCCAUGAACGCGUUCAUGGUGUGGUCGAAGAUCGAGCGGAGGAAGAUCAUGGAGCAGUCUCCGGACAUGCACAACGCGGAGAUCUCCAAAAGACUCGGCAAGCGCUGGAAAAUGCUAAAGGACAGCGAGAAGAUCCCGUUCAUCCGGGAAGCGGAGCGGCUGCGCCUGCAGCACAUGGCCGACUAUCCAGACUACAAGUACAGACCGAAGAAGAAACCAAAGCUGGACAACUCUUCCAAACCGGGUGCGCUGUCGCCGGAGAAAAACGGCAACAAGGCUGUCAAAGCUGCCGCAAAGAAGUGCACAAAGAUGAAGCCCAGCAAGCCGGGUAGCGUCGGCGUCAGUGCCAGAGCCGCGCAAGACGUCCGGUGCAGCUACGCGUUCACUAAAGUCAGCAAGUCGGUCAAGAGGGAACUUACGGACGACGAAGACGACGAUGAAGACGACGACGACGAUGAAGACGACGACGACGACGACUACGAUGACGAGUCUCCCGUGCGCUUUAAAGCCGAGGACGACGAGGAGCACCUGAGGCCGUACGGCGUGGCCAAAGUGCCGGCGAGUCCCACGCUGAGCUCGGCCGCCGAGUCGGAGGGCGCGAGCAUGUACGAGGAUCCGUCGUCCGGGCGCGCGCACGCAACAGCCGGCUCGAGACUUUUUUACAGCUUCAAGAACAUCACGAAGCAGCAGCCGCACCACGCGAGCCGAGCCGCUGCGCUCUCACCGACUCCGUCUUUCCGCUCCGCGUCCAUCUCGUCGUCAUCGUGCGGGGAGGACGCGGACGACUUGCUGGUCGACUUCAGCUUGAACCUGGCGGCGGGCGGCGAGCCGACCAGCCACGCUUCAGGGAACUUGUGCCUCUCUCUGGUGGAUAAGGACUUGGACUCGUUCAGCGAGGGCAGCCUCGGAUCCCACUUCGAGUUCCCGGACUACUGCACGCCAGAGCUGAGCGAGAUGAUCGCAGGGGACUGGCUUGAGGCCAACUUCUCCGACUUGGUGUUCACCUACUAACAGGUCCAUUUAACCCUCGCCCAGCGAGGAGACCGGCGCAUCUUCAGGUUCUUUCAGACUCGCCUCUUGGGUCUGUGCCCCUUCCGGGUGGCGCAUGGAGGAAACGGAAGCGGACGCGCCACGAUGAAGGUGACCUGAUGAGAAAAAGUAACGUUUGUCACCGUUACAGGGUUUUAUGGUUGUUCAAUUCAGUGUGAGGCUGCAGGUGGAGAGCAAAAUGUCAGAUGAACUAUGCAUUCACAUCCCACCUCGUGUGUCUACAGGGAGCUGAAACUGUGGAUGCUCCUCGGAAGGAGGCGAGUCUACACCACUUCAGGAUGUUCACUUUUCCAGAGGGUUUUUAUGUGAUCUCUUCUCUCUCUCUCUCUCUCUCUCUCUCUCUCUCUCUCUCUCUCUGUGUGCCACAAAUUAGUUUUUUGUAACCCUCCAGCCAAUGGAGAUGUGGAGAUUUAAACUGUUCUAGGACACAGGUAUGGCAGGAAGAGUUUUUGAUACAUAACCAACAUACCUCAUCUUUUAAAUAAAAAAAAAAAAAGAAGAAGAAAAAAAAAGAAAGAAAAGUGAAAUAUUUUCUGGCAUAUUUUUGUACAGUUUAAGGGAAUGUUCUUACUGUGCUCUCAGUGAGGUUUCUUCAGGCACUUCUACCCGGUUUCAUUGAUUCAAGCAUGCAAUGGUUAAAUGACAUCAUCUUUGCAUCUUUAAAUGCCUUGGUAUGAUUUCACAUUCUAGGCCGUGUACAGGUGUAGAUCUGACCAUGCGUUUCUCUAGAGAUGUACAAUGGAAUUGGGGAAUUCUAGGCCUCGUUGCUGGUACUAGAGUCAAGAUUGUAUAUGUUCUGUAUUAUAGUAAAAGCUAGGAGUUUAUGUAUAUCAGUGUGAAUGGGUCCCAAAUAGCAGGUGUGAAACUCGAAAAAAGGAAAGAAGAAAAAAGAAGAAAAAAAAAAAGAAACAAACAUUGAUUGAUUUGCAUUUUUACCAUCUUAUUGGCAUUUUUAUUUUUCAUUAUUUUGUGCAAUAUACUCUUGAAAUGGACCAUCUGCGUUUUUUUGUAGCAAAGGAAAAAUGCGUUACAUGUCGUCAUGCUGAAGUCUGUAUCUUGACAAAUAAAUCAGCUGGAACUGA